AUGGCCUCCCUCGCUGCAGCAGACGCGGACUUUUGCUCCAACCUGUUCAGAGAGAUCGACAGCAGUCAAGGGAGUGAAAACGUGUUCUUUUCCUCUCUGAGCCUCUUCACUGCGCUGGCCCUGGUUCGCUUGGGUGCGAGGGGUGACUGUGCUUCUCAGAUUGAUAAGGUGCUUCACUUUAAUACCUUCUCAAGACAUGGAAACUCUUCUGAUACUCAGCAGCCAGGACUCCAAUCUCAACUGAAAAGAGUUCUGUCUGAUAUAAACACAUCCCACAAGGAUUAUGAACUCAGCAUUGCCAAUGGACUUUUUGCAGAAAAAGUAUUUGAUAUUCGAAAGGACUAUAUUGAGCGUGCUAAGAAAUUAUAUAAUGCCAAAGUGGAAAGAGUUGACUUUACAAAUGAUGUGGAAGACACCAGAUACAAAAUUAACAAAUGGAUUGAAAAUGAGACCCAUGGCAAAAUCAGGGAUGUCUUUCAUGAAGGUACCAUAAGCUCAUCUGCUGUGAUGGUGCUGGUGAACGCUGUGUACUUCAAAGGCAAGUGGGAGUCAGCCUUCACCAAGAGCCAGACCCAAAAUUGCCAUUUCAGAUCUCCCAAGUGUCCCGGGAAAGCAGUGGCCAUGAUGCAUCAGGAACGGAAGUUCAAUUUGUCUGUCGUUAAAGACCCCCCCAUGCAGGUUCUUGAGCUCAGAUAUCACGGUGGUAUAAGCAUGUACGUAAUGCUGCCGGAUAAUGACCUAUCCCAAAUUGAAAACAAAAUGACUUUUCAGAAUCUAAUGGACUGGACCAAUCCAAGAAAAAUGAAAUCUCAGUAUGUCGAAGUGUUUCUACCUCAGUUCAAGAUAGAGAAGAAUUAUGAAAUCAAGCACUAUUUAGAAGCCUUAGGGCUGAGGGAUAUCUUUGAUGAAUCCAGAGCUGAUCUCUCUGGUAUAGCUGCAGGAGGCCGUCUGUACAUAUCAAAGCUGACGCACAAGUCUUACAUAGAGGUCACCGAGGAGGGCACAGAGGCCACUGCCGCUGCAGGAAGCAGCAUCGUGGAAAAGCAGCUGCCCGAGUCCAGUGUGUUCCGAGCUGAUCACCCGUUCCUGUUUAUAAUCAGGAAGGACGACAGCAUCUUGUUCAGUGGCAAAGUCUCUUGCCCUUGA